CCAGAAUCAAACUUGGUUCAUGACCAUGGCCACACUAACUCUCUCCACCAAACUCGCGCCCUUUCCUUGGGCUGCCGUAGCGGUCUCUUCGUACACCCAAAAAGCCGAUCUUGUCUUCGACGAGACAGCCACUGGCGUUACUUUGAAUUUCAACGGAUCCACGAUCACCGAUGAAACGGAAAUCGUGCACACUUUGGCGAAGGCAUACGGACUGGCCGAAGACAGCGCAAAGUCCGCAGCUUUCUAUGCUUUGGCGAAAAACCUCGCAUCGAUGUCCGCCGUCGCGGACCUGCUAACCGCGCUCAAUUCCAUCGAUGAUCACCUAACUUACCGAACCUUCUUGAUCGGCCACGAGAUCACCACGGCGGACUGGCUUCUCUGGGGGAGCAUCAAAGGCAUGUCUUUUUCAUUAUGCGUUGUCUGCUUGAAAUCAACCAGUCGUUCAGGCAGCUCCAAGAUCUCCGGACUGUUGAAGAACAGCAACCACCCUCAUCUUGCGCGCUGGCUGUCCCAUCUCGAGUCGCUUGACACGACACAGGCUGCCGCUGCUCUUCUUGUCGCUGCAAAAGCCACAAAGGCGCGAGCCAACACGAAGACUGCGGCAUCGUUUGCGUUGGGUCUCGCCGGCGCCGUGGAUGGCCAGGUCGUGACGCGUUUCCCACCCGAGCCGAGUGGGUAUUUGCACAUUGGGCACGCGAAAGCCGCGAUGCUGAACAAGUAUUUCGCGCGCAUGUAUCACGGAAAGCUUAUCAUCCGUUUUGAUGACACAAACCCGAGCAAAGAAAGGACCGAGUUCGAGGAGACCAUUCUCGAGGACCUGCACCUGCUGGACGUACAUGGGGACACAGUGACCCACACUUCGGACCACUUCGAUCUCCUGUACACCUACGCGCUCCAGUUGAUCAACGAGGGAAAAGCAUAUACCGAUGACACCGAGCAGAUGGAGAUGCGCAGGGAACGCAUGGAGGGGAUCGCGUCCAAGCACCGAGAGGACAGCGUCGCGGACAAUCUGGCGCAUUUCGAGGAAAUGAAGAGGGGCACGCCUGAGGGUCUUCGAUGGUGUCUGCGCGCGAAGAUGAGCGUGGAUAACCCUAACAAGGCUAUGAGGGACCCUGUCAUCUACCGAUGCAAUGUCUUGCCCCAUCAUCGUACUGGCGAUAAGUGGAAAAUCUAUCCGACGUAUGAUUUCGCGUGCCCAGUCGUCGACUCAAUCGAAGGCGUCACCCAUGCUCUGCGUACAAACGAGUACCGGGAUCGGAACCCCCAAUAUCAGUGGAUGAUUGACGCAGUCGGUCUGCGGAAAGUCAAUAUCUGGGACUUCAGUCGACUCAACUUUAUCUACACUCUCCUGUCCAAGCGUAAGCUGCAUUGGUUCGUUGACCAAGGCCUCGUGAGUGGCUGGGACGAUCCCAGGUUCCCCACCGUUCGUGGCAUUCGUCGCCGAGGAAUGACCGUCGAGGCAUUGAGCCAGUUCAUGCUUUCCCAAGGUCCCUCAAGCUCGGUUGUCUCGUUGGAAUGGGACUCCAUCUGGGCGACAAAUAAGAAAAUCAUCGAUCCCGUUGCACCUAGGUUCUGGGCCAUUGCUACUGAGAAGAUGGUGCCUGUCACAAUCACAGGCGGACCGUCCAGUCCAGAGAUCAAGACAUUGCCAAAACACAAGAAGAAUCCUGAAGUUGGCGAGAAAAAGACCGUCUAUACCUCCACCAUUCUUGUCGAGCAGGAAGAUGCUAAAAGCUUCGAUGACCAGGAGGAGCUGACGCUCAUGGACUGGGGCAACGCCUAUGUUCGUUCCAAGACCGUAAACGCUGCCGGCGAAGUCACGGCCAUCGAGAUGGAGCUGCAUCUCGACGGCGACUUCCGCAAGACCAAGAAGAAGAUCACGUGGCUGGCCCAGCCGACCGAAACGCAUCCGCUGGUCCCCGUUGUGCUGUUCGACUACGACUACCUGAUCACCAAGAAGAAGCUCGAGGAGAACGACGACGUCAAGGACUUUGUUACGCCGGUGACCGAGUUCCGCGUGGAGGCGGUCGCGGAUGCGAACGUGCAGGAUCUGAAGAAGGGCGACAUCAUCCAGUUCGAGCGCAAGGGAUACUAUAUCUUUGACGGCGAGCAGGACGGCAAACGCCUGUUCAUCUGCAUCCCGGAUGGCCGCGCCACGAGUCUGGCGAGCAAGGCCGGUGUCGCUGAGAAACCCAAGACGGCAGUACCCGCGGCAGCGCCACCAGCUGCGCCACAGCCUGUGACCAAGAUGUACGAGAUGGAUAGGAUCCAAGAGGAUGUCGCAGUUGACGUGGAGAAUGCCACCAAGAUGUACAAGGUCGAUAAUAUCUACGCCUAAAGAUGUACUACUACAAGCACUUAGCACUUAGCACCUACUGUAACACAAUCUUCUCCUGCACGGCCCAAGAUUCAACCGGCCCUUCGCAGCUCACGACCCAGAUCUCAGAACAGAGUGCCCCGGCCAUCCAGUCGUCCUCCUGCCACGCUUCAGCGCACUGCAAAGCCACAGCUCCAUCAUCACCAUGGCCAGACUCCCGCACCCUACCCGCCGCCCGCAACGCCUCCAGCCACCGCCGCCGCUCCUCCACGUCCUCGUCCGCGAUAUACGUCAGCGACAGGUGCGGGAACUUGGGCGUGCGCGGCGCCGCAGCGAGAUUCGCGUGGAUCGCCGCGUGCAGAGCGAGCAGCGCCGCGCCCGGGCGCACCGCGAUGUAGGUCGAGCGGAAGUAGUGCUCGCCCGCCUCGACGCCGUCGAACUGGACCGCGAUCGCGGGCGUGGCGGGGGGUAUGAUGCGCGACAGAUGGGGCGGUGGUGCCGGGAGCGACGCCAGCGUUAUGUGUGGGGGGAAGACGGGGUAGGAGUGCGGGGCGAGUGGUGAGGGUGGGUUUGGGGGCCGGAUGUCCAUGAUGCGGCGCAACCUUUGCGCGUCAUUAGGCGCAGGAACGAGCCAGAGCGAUAGCCCUUGCAGGGUGAGACAGUUUCAUGGAAGAAAACAUAGGCCAGAGCGCUCACCCAUGAAUGAUCGGUGGUGACAGAUUGGCGUGGUGGCUAUGUACGAUCUUACAGGACCUUGACCUGAUCUAAUAUCACGGUUCACUGGUACCAUGUAUCACGGCCACCUCUACGCGCCUUGUCAUAAAACUCCUCCUCCUAUACGCGCACUUUGUGGCUCUGUCAAUGAAAAACGAAUCUCCG